AAUUCCCAUUUCAGAAUUUAAAUAUAUAAAGAUAGUUAUAUGUAAAGUGUGUGAGUGCGUGUGUGUGCGUACGCGGAUGCUGCAGGGCCUAGAAGAGACAACAACUGACUAACAUAAAAUCAAAGGCUUCAACCAAAGAAAUCGUUUGUUGUGUGAGUUCUGGACGGGAGAGUCAGGAGGGGAGAAAAAGGUGCCGGCGUUUCUGGAGUGUAUUUAUUUAGCUAUUACCUUGAACUCACAACAAAUGUCUUCAACCGAAGUAAAGCUGUCUCGUCUGCUGAUCCUGGCGCAAAAGUUUAACAAUUUCUAUCUGACAGGCUUUCACAAGGGCGACAUACGUCCUUUUUUGGUUGAGGGUCAACAAGUUGGUCUCAUCAAAUCGGAUGUUCUGAAGCAGCUCGUUAAGUAUCCUGAAGUGUUCUGCAUACGUGACUGUGAGCAGACGAAACAGGGACUGGUGGAGCUGAACCCGGCAUUCCGUGACUAUAAUGAGCGCACAGAGCAGCUGGAGAAAGUAUUGCGUAACCUGCGCAGCGAGGAAUUGUUCCCGGCUUUGCAGGGAUGGCGGGAUGAGUACUUCGAGGUGAAGUCCGAUCACAGGGCUUUGCUGAAAAUGGAGCGGGCGGCAACACCCCUGUUUGGAGUACGCAAAUAUGGCGUCGACAUCAACGGCUAUGUGAGACAUCCGACGCAAGGCUUGUGCAUUUGGCUGCAGCAGCGUUCCAAUACCAAAGAAACCUGGCCAGGCAAGUGGGAUAAUAUGGUGGGGGGCGGCCUAUCUGUGGGCUUUGGCAUUAAGGAGACGGCCAUUAAAGAAGCCGCUGAGGAGGCAUCCAUUCCAAGUGAUCUUGUCAAGAACUUAGUGUCAGCCGGGUGUGUCUCUUUCUUCUUUGAAAGUCGACAAGGGCUUUUCCCCAACACUGAGUACGUGUUCGACUUGGAGCUGCCUCUUGACUUCGUUCCCCACAACGCUGAUGGCGAGGUGCAGGCCUUUGAGCUGCUACCAGCCAAGGAAUGUGUGGAGCGAGUGUUUACGCCGGACUUUAAAACAACCUCAGCGCCAGUGGUGAUCGACUUCUUAAUACGGCACGGUCAUAUUACGGCUGAUGACGUGGUAGACUUCACGCAAAUUGUGGAGCUCCUGCAUGUCCCCUUGCAGUCCCUUUACAUAUAUAAGACGCGCCUAGAGCAGAUACAGAAGCAGCAGAAGCAACAGCAGCAGCAGCAGGAAAAGCUGCCCAACGACGAGAGCAACUGCAACUGUGGCAGUUUGCCGAUUAAGCCUCUGGAGAACGGACACAAGAAGGCAGCCUAAUCGACAUGGGCUACGUAGUAAACAUAUGUACGAGUAUGAGAGAGACUGCUUAUGUAGUGGGAUUUCUAAAGUCCAAGCCAACAGGCAAACGUAAUGCAUGCAUGUAUUACCCAAACCAUAAUUACCAAACAAAUCGACACAUGUAUAAACUACUAUUCUAAAUCUAAACUAAUUACUAUAAUGGCAAGAACACUUAAAGUUAAAUCGUAUUUUUUAUGUUGAACGUCAAAGUAUGUGCUGUUUAUAUUGGUAUACGCAAACAUAUACAUAUUAUUUACAAUAUUUAUUAUAUAUACAAAUUUAUGUAUAACCUAAUCUCCGAUGUAUUUGACAAACGACAAUGACAUGACAUCUAUUAUAGUUUUGUGCUCUGAUAUUCCAUUUAUUAACGUGACGCCACAUUCUUAGAGUUUUUGUGAACAAUACGGACAAGUUAAUACAUAGGAACAUGCCUAUAUAACACUUAUAUGCGAUAGAUAAAAUAUAAAAAAUUGUAUAACGAUAUUAAAUGAUAUUUACUAUUAUAUGUGUGUACCAAAGUGCUCAAACGUAAAAACGCGAAGUAAUUUUAAUUUUCUGUUGAAUUUGUAAAAAAUGUUUCCCCU